CCAGCGGAGAACUAUUCAGCACGUGUUUUCCCUCCCAUUCUUUUUCUAACCCUGGCUAGAAAGCAGUGAGUUCUGUCCUGUUUUUAUCCAGCUUGCAGGAGCCGAGCUAAGCAAUGGAAGAUUGUAAUCAGAAAAAAGCAACACUUCCUGAUCAGGACAAAAGCUACAGGAGGCCUGAAGAUGUCUUUGCAGAAGUACAGAUUGCAAUUGAUAGCCACGAAACUUUCCAUGAAUGGCCUUGUCUAAAGCAGUCAGGUUAUUCUGGAAUGUGAAAACUUCUUGCUGCUUGGAUCCAUGACAACUACAUAGAUGCUAUUCACUUAUUUGAACAAUCUGCACCAAUAUGGAUCAAGACAUUUAAACCAAAUCUUUCGAGCAGUCGAUGGAGUACAAUCUGAAAGAUUAAAGAAAAUCCAGAUGGGGUGCAGGUGCUGCAAAAUGAUAAAAAGCUACAUUUUUGAUCCAGAAGAAUUACAAUCACCUGAAUGCACUCAUGAAGGAAACAGCUACAAACAAGAUGAGCAAAGAAGCAAUAAAUUCAAAUUCAAACACAAUCGUGAAAUUAAAGAACAGAAAAAAGAACUCCAGAAGGAUGAGCUAAAUAGAACAGGAAUUAAAAAUCAGGUAAACAGCACAGGGGAGACCCUCUGGAACCACAGAGGCGAUGCUUUUCAAGAUGACAGCCUUGCAAAGUGUGUUGCAAAGCUUGAUGUUGCAGUCAAUGGCAGCAACUCCCAUUCUGGUGUGCACCCCAUUCUCAGCCCCAGCACAAACUCAGUGAAGAAAGCCAGUGAACAGGGCACCUCCAGCCAGCCAGCAGAGCCUUCUUCAGUCAACACUGGAGACUUCCACUCCAAAUUGAAUGAGUGUGGCCAAGAGCUUGACCUAGGAGCAGGCAGACACAGGAAGGCAGACUGCAGUCAGACAAACAGUAUUCGAGGUGUGAAGCCCCAGUCUACAGAAGACAGCAACUUUCUCAGAGGAAGUGCAGUACUGGAGAUCCAAAAUGAUGAUGCCAUAAGACUGCCAGAUAUAGAUUAUUGCCAAAAUGGCAAUCAAAUCAGGAACUAUGUCGAAAAAGAUAGCAUUUCAGUCAACUAUGCACACCCAGACCAAAUGAGUAAGCAUUCAGCAAUGCAUGGCCAAGACCUUCACGUAGCCUCACCUUUGCAUAUGAAGAAAAGCAGUAUCAAGCCUUUUAACAGUGACUCUGCAGGCUUGAGUGAGGACAUUCCCAAUGGCGUUGUUGCCACAGCUGUGCCCACAGCAGCACAGGCACCCACACACCACAGCCACAAAGACACCAAUGGACAAAUGGAGGAGGAAGACGCAGAAGUAGCAGCAGCUCUGGCUGCACUGGAAGCUGCAACUGCAGGUGAAGACCUCGAAGAGGAUGAUGAAUACUAGAUGAAGAUCUCUUUCUGAUACACUGGGUGAGAUCCAGAUUUUUUUUUUCCUGGAUUUACAUCAAUGCAUGUGCUGUUCAUGGGGACAGCUGUUACAAAACAUAUAUAUGAAAAGAGUUGGGACUAAAUCUGUAUGCCUUCAAAUGUUUUAUACAGCCUUCUAACUUUACUGCCUGAGGCAUACACACUAUUCUGUAUAGGACAAACCAGGAGGGCAAAGCAUCAUUCCUUGCACACAGGAUAUUCUGCUGUAUAUCCACCUCAUCUGGUCUCACACAACCAUUUCCCUCUGUUUUGACUCUCAGGAGGAUCUGUACACACUGCAUUUUCCAGGUUCAGAAAAAAUCCAUUAUUUAAAACUGAACUACAGAAGACAUGGAGUUAGAAAUCACAGAUUUUCAUGUUAGCACAAACAAUUAAAACUGACCCAAAGCUCUAUAAUGCAGAGUAAAAGGAAGAAGGCAGCUAGCUCAUACUUCAGUUCAGGCACAGGUGGAUUUAGGAUGAUAACUCCACUUUUUCUGACACACCUUGGCUAGUUUUGAUCUGAUACCCCAGUGACUCGCUUUCAUAGAAUCAUAACAUUGCUCAGGUUGGAAAAGACCUUCAAGAUCAUCAAGUCACAACCACAACCUAACCACAGUACCUUAACUCUAACAACUCACCGCUAAAUCACAUCCCUGAGCACCACAUCCAAACAGCUUUUAAACACACCCAGGGAUGGUGGUUCAACCACCUCCCU